UUGCUUUCCUCAUUUCUUCAGUUAAUAAUUUCCAAGUAUUUUUCUUGGUGCAUCCAAUCCAAUUAAAUAGUAUUAAUAAAUAAUUUAUUUUUCAUGUUUUAUACAUCUAAUUUAAUUUAUUAGCAACCAAAUUUUAAUAGAAAAAACAAAAUAAUCCUUAAAAUCGAAUCACAUCUCUCCCUCUCUUCUCUUUCAAUCCCUCGUUACCAUCCCCGGCUCCUUUUCUCUCUCUCUCGCACACGCACUUCCGUCUCUGUGUAUUUAUAUAGAGAGAGCUUGGGCGUUUUCAUUUUUCUUUAGUUUUUUUUUUUUGAAAAAUCUGUAUAUGUUGAAACAAUAGUGAUGAGUCAUAUUUGUUUAAAAAAGAAGAAGAAGAGUUGAGAUUCAAAUGCUAUUGGCUGGUCCGCUUGCAGCAGAUUCAAUUGUUUGGAUCUACUGCUGGGCUUUGUUGGUUUUGCAGGUCAGAUGGCCUCCAGCUUAGACAAGUUGGAAAAGAAGUUACUAGUGCACCCUUUAGUAGUCUAAGAAUUAUUUCUGUAUUGUGAAGAUCUUUUAUGGGGUAAGGAUUGGGGGCCGAAAUGGUUUUACAUCCAAAAUAUUUAACAACAUGGAAGAGACACGAGAUGAUGUGGGGCCAGCAGAACAAGGGCCUUCUAAUGCUUUGUGGUGGAGUUCUGAUUUUAUUGAGAAAUUUGAAUCUGUUUCUUUGCUUUCACAAGAAGAUAGUUUGAGUAAUAAGGAAUCACCUAGAAAUUAUGAGGAAGACAAUUUGUCUUCACAGACGGCAUCACAAAUUCUUUGGAGCACUGGGAUGCUGUCUGAACGAAUUCCAAAUGGAUUCUACUCGGUUGUACCGGAGAAAAGAUUAAAGGAGCUCUUUGAUAGUAUUCCAACUUUUGAUGAUCUCCAUGCUUUGGGUGCCGAGGGUUUCAAGGCUGAUAUAAUUUUUGUAGAUGCAAAGAAAGAUAAAAAGUUAUCUAUGCUAAAGCAACUGAUCGUGGCACUGGUGAAAGGAUUGAACUCAAAUCCAGCUGCAAUGAUAAAAAAGAUUGCUGGAUUGGUAUCUGAUGUUUAUAAGAGACCAAAUGUGGAAAGUCCAGCAAAAGCUGCACUGGAGGAAACCUCCCACGUCCACAUGUUUGAAAAUCGAGGCAUUCAGUUACUUGGACAAAUAAAGCAUGGGUCUUGUCGUCCUCGAGCAAUCUUGUUUAAAGUUUUAGCAGAUACUGUAGGUCUUGAAAGUAGGCUCAUGGUGGGUUUACCAAAUGAUGGAACUGUUGAAUGUGCGGACUCAUUCAAGCAUAUGUCUGUGAUAGUUGUUCUGAAUUCUGUGGAAUUGCUGGUCGAUCUUAUGCGAUUUCCUGGUCAGUUAAUACCCCGAACAACCAGGGCAAUUUUCAUGACACAUAUUUCAGCAGCAGGGGAAAGUGAUUCUGCAGAAAAUGAUUCCUGCGAUUCACCACUUGAACCAAACAGCCCUCUGUAUGGUUUUUCAGAGAGAGUUGAUCCUGAUAGUGCUGAAAAGGAUGAGAGCCUGCAGUUCCAUCGGAAGUUAGAGGGAAACGUGUCAGGUCCUGCGUUGCGAAAUAUGAUGUUGCGAUCCGCUACUUCUAUUGACAGGAAAUUGAGUUUGUCACACAGUGAGCCCAAUAUUGCAACAACCUUUUGGCGACGUAGCCGGAAAAAGGUCAUUGCUGAACAGCGGACUGCUAGUUCAAGUCCAGAGCAUCCUUCCUUUCGAGCACGUGGAAGGUCCAUGUUAAGUGGUGACAGACACUCCAUUAGAGAUUAUGCUGAUGAUGAAGCUGCACCAAGGUCAGUGGGUGCAUCAGCAUCAGAGACUCGUAGAAUAAGAAGAAGAAGCAUCAGCAUGACCCCAGAGAUCGGUGAUGAUAUUGUGAGGGCUGUCCGUGCAAUGAAUGAAUCUUUGAAGCAAAAUCGGCUUUUAAGGGAGCGAGAUGACAAGGACAAUGGCACAGAUUUUCAGAGAAAUGUUUCAAAUCUCGAUCUUGAUGGUCAUGAUGAUAUAUCUGGUGGAAGAUCUGCUUUAUAUACUCUUCAAAGAGACCACAUAAAUUCCCAAAAGGCUAUUUCUUUACCGUCGUCUCCACAUCAAUAUAGGAGUCACAUAUCAGAUAGAAGGGGACCUUCGGGUCAUGCAGUAAAUGAUGAACUAGUCUCUACUUGGAACAAAGUUCUGGAAUCUCCCAUGUUUAAUAAUAAGCCUCUAUUGCCUUUCCAAGAGUGGAAUAUUGAUUUCACAGAGUUGACUGUUGGAACUCGUGUUGGCAUUGGGUUUUUUGGGGAAGUUUUCCGUGGCGUAUGGAAUGGAACAGAUGUUGCGAUUAAGGUUUUCUUGGAGCAAGAUCUAACAGCAGAAAACAUGGAGGACUUCUGCAAUGAGAUAUCCAUUCUUAGCCGACUUCGACAUCCUAAUGUUAUCUUAUUUCUGGGUGCUUGCAUGAAGCCUCCUCACUUAUCAAUGGUUACGGAAUAUAUGGAGAUGGGUUCAUUGUAUUAUUUGAUCCAUUUGAGUGGUCAGAAGAAGAGGCUUAGUUGGAGGAGGAAACUAAAAAUGUUGCGUGAUAUAUGCAGGGGGUUGAUGUGCAUCCAUAGGAUGAAGAUAGUCCACCGUGACCUUAAAAGUGCAAAUUGCCUUGUGAAUAAGCAUUGGACAGUUAAGAUCUGUGAUUUUGGCCUCUCCAGAAUAAUGACGGAAACACCUAUAAGAGACUCCUCAUCUGCGGGAACUCCGGAAUGGAUGGCACCUGAACUUAUUCGCAAUGAACCCUUCACUGAAAAGUGUGAUAUAUUUAGCCUUGGUGUGAUAAUGUGGGAGCUUUGCACACUAAACAGACCAUGGGAAGGAGUGCCACCAGAAAGGGUUGUAUAUGCUGUUGCUAAUGAGCGAUCCCGUUUGGAUAUUCCGGAAGGUCCACUUGGCAGGUUAAUUUCAGAUUGCUGGGGAGAACCACAUGAACGGCCAAGCUGUGAAGAGAUACUCGCCCGUUUGCUCGACUGCGAGUAUUCACUCUGCUGAUAGUUUUUUUUUUUUUUCUCUCUCAAUUCUCAUGUAUAGAAAACAUGGUAGAGGUGUUACAAAGUGUUUCGGCCAAGUUGUAAACGAUCUUGAUUUUUCCAGACAUUGUGAAGAACAUCAAAUGCUUCAAUUUUCAGCUGUCAGCGAAACCGUUGGAUUUUUUUUUUGUGCAAUGGAAAAAGGGAAAAAGAAAAUUGCUUUUUACAGUAA